AUGCCUCCCAUAAGAGGACAGAAUGUGGACGGCAACGGGAUGAACUUCAUGGAAGUCGUUUUCGAGAAUAUGAGGGACUUAGGCGAACCAGAUGUGGAAAUAAUAAGAGUUAACAGAAUUUUGGAGGAAAAUUACUUCGACACUGCAGAAUCAUUCGCUACUACAACGCCAGAUAUUUGGGAUGCGCUUUGCCUCCCUCAAAACGUUAUGGAAGCUGUGAUGAGAGAAAUCACGAUGGAAGAUCGAGGAGUCGAUAAGGAGUGGGAAAGGAGGCGACAGGAAGCUGCUAGAAGGGGAGAAGAGAAGCGAACAGUUCAGUUGGGGGAGCAGGCGGUUUCUGCUGGGAAUGGUCGUGGGUUCGAUCCCGGCAGUGCGGAAAAACGUAUUGAUUCUGUGGAAGUUGUACCGUACGCGCUGAAACGCCUGGGAGAUUCUCAUGUGUCUUGGGUGGCAGUUUUACAAGAAGCAGUUCAGAGGUUGACGAAUAAGAAUACCGCGCCUGGGGUUGGACUUUUCGAUUGGGAAUAUGAAACCCGAUCAGCUGGAGUUGGCGGGGAGAAGUUGGAGGAAGAGGAGAGUCCGAAUGAUUCGACGGUAAAAACGGAAGAAUUCAAUAGUGAAGGAUUGGGAAAUGCUGGGGUACGGCCGGAAGAUGAAAUUGGUCUUUGGCAAUCAACCGUGACGGUGCCGCAAUUACAAAAGGAAUUCACAUCAGAUUGGAAAAAUUGCAAAAAAGAUUCCCAAAAUGACGCUUGUUUCAAAUUGGCGGCGUUUCUGGAUAGUAUUGGAGUUCCCCAAGCUAAUGAGAAUCCGGCACGACGGAAGAGCAGCGAGAGUGACAGGACCCCUAUGAAAUACAAAACCAACCUUCGGGAUAUACUCCUCACGGCUUUGCAGGACAUCAAUUUCAGGGAAGCUAUCCGUCUCGGCCCUAUUAUUGAUAAAGAGAAGUUGUAUUUUUCUGCCAUCGAUUAUUUUACUGUGAAGUACAUUAUGCAAUGA